UGGCUGCUAUGGAGGCGGUACCACGAAUGCCGAUGAUAUGGCUGGAUUUGAAAGAAGCUGGGGAGUUCCAGUUUAGCAUGUCUGUGAAGCAGGUAACGUUAAGAGGAGGAGGAGGAGGAGGAGGAUGAGUUAAACCACAUGAUAAAACAAAUGAUGGAUUUUACUUUGUAGAGCGAAUUGAAGGAAAGAACUGUCAGGCAGAAAAAUAAAGCAACUAGGUAUGUUUUGUAGCUACACCAGCAUGCAGUUCUCAGUUCCUAAUCAAAGAUUGCUAACUUGCCCUGUCAACUGCUAACAGCUAAUGUAAAUUGCGCUGUCACAGCUAAUCUUCUAACAGGCAGUCUGUAUGCCUAGCUCAAACCUACCAGACAGUUUCAGUGGAAAAGUAGGCUAGCUAGCUAUGACAAGUUAUCCUAGUAGGCUACCUGAAGUCCGGGGGAAACGUGUAUCACUUCAUUUUGAAGAACUAUGGAGAGGAUCCAGACAGCUACAAUGAGCAGCUGAAGAAACUGGAGCAACUGCGGCAGGGAGCUGUGAAUGUGACCCGAGAUUUUGAGGGAUGCAGCAUACUGCGGAAGUACUUUGGGCAGCUUCAUUACUUGCAGAGUCGCGUGCCCAUGGGACCGGGGCAGGAGGCAGCCGUUCCCAUCUCUUGGACUGAGAUUUUCUCUGGAAAGACAGUCGCCCAUGAUGACAUUAGCUAUGAACAAGCCUGCAUCCUCUAUAACUUGGGAGCGCUGCACUCCAUGUUGGGAGCCAUGGACAACAGGGUGUCUGAGGAGGGGAUGAAGGUGUCCUGCACACACUUCCAGUGUUCUGCCGGGGCCUUCUCCUACCUCAGGGAUCACUUCAGCCACAACUUCAGUGUGGAUAUGAGCCACCAGAUCCUCAACCUCAACAUCAAUCUCAUGCUGGGUCAGGCCCAAGAAUGUCUCCUGGAGAAAUCCAUGCUGGAUAAUAGGAAAAGUUUCCUUGUGGCUAGAAUCAGUGCCCAGGUAGUGGACUAUUACAAGGAGGCAUGCCGAGCAUUGGAGAACUCUGAAACAGCUUCCAUGUUGGGAAAGAUCCAGAAAGACUGGAAGAAGUUGGUGCAGAUGAAGAUCUACUACUUUGCCUCUAUUGCUCAUCUGCAUAUGGGGAAACAGGCAGAGGAGCAGCAGAAGUAUGGAGAGCGGUUGGCUUAUUUGCAGAGCUCUCUGGACAAACUCAAUGAAGCUUUGAAGUUGGCAAAGGGUCAGCCAGAUAGUGUGCAGGAGGCUCUGAAGUUCACUUUGGAUGUCAUCGGAGGAAAGUUUAAUUCUGCAAAGAAGGACAACGAUUUCAUUUACCAUGAGACUGUCCCGUCUUUGGAAACACUCCCAUCAGUAAAAGGUGCCCCACUGGUCAAGGCCCUGCCAGUGAAUCCGACCGACCCCAGUGUCACCGGUCCUGACAUCUUUGGUAAACUGGUGCCAAUGGCUGCCCACGAGGCAUCCUCGCUCUACAGUGAAGAGAAGGCCAAGCUGCUUCGGGAGGUCAUGGCAAAAGUUGAUGGCAAAACCGAGGCACUAGAGCAGUACAUGGACUCUCUGGGCCUGGACCCAGAGUCCAUAGAUAACAUGGACAUGUACAGCAACAUCCCUCCGGUGCUCAUGGAGAAAUGUGCUGCUCUGAGUGUCAGACCAGACACGGUGAAAAGCCUCAUUCAGUCCAUGCAGGCCCUGUCGGGUGUGUUCACGGAUGUGGAGGCGUCCCUGCGGGAGAUCCAGGACGUUCUGGACAAGGACGAGGCGGAGGAGCGGAGCCUGCAAGAAGCUGCGGGGAAGCAGGCGGUGCCUCCUCAGCCCCCAAGCCUGGGGGAGCUGCGCCGGGACCAGGAGAAGUACCUGGAGUACCACGAGAAGGCCAGCUUCACCAACACCGAGCUCCACCGCGCCAUGAACCUGCACAUCAGCCACCUCAGGCUGCUGGGGGGGCCGCUGGACAGCCUGAGAGAGGCGCUCCCCAGGCCAGAGCUCAGUGAAGAGGAUGCAGCGGCUCUCCAGUGCAUCAAGAGGAUUCUGGGUAAAGUGCAGGAGAUGCGAGACCAGCGUGGUUCCCUGGAGAAGCAGCUGAGAGACCUGGUCCAGCAGGAUGACAUCACCUCUGCGCUGGUCACCACAGAGCGCCCUGAGAUGAAGAGGCUGUUUGAGGAGCAGCUUAAGAAGUAUGACCAGGUGAAGUUGUACAUAGACCAGAACCUCGCUGCUCAAGAGAACAUCCUGAAGGCCCUGACUGAGGCCAACGUCCAGUCUGCCACAGCCCGGAAGUCCCUCACUGAGACAGAACACAAAUGGAACAGCACAGUGCAGACAUUGGUGGCGUCAUAUGAGGCCUAUGAGGACCUGAUGAAGAAGUCCCAAGAGGGGAAGGAGUUCUAUGAGGACCUGGAGGGCAAGGCCUCCCGGCUGCUGGAGAAGGCCAAGGCUGUGUGCCAGGCCAGGGAGGAGGAGAGGCAAACUAUCCUGGAGAGAGAGCUCCAGAAGAAGGCCCCACCAAGACCCACAGCUCCUAAGCCUCCACCGCAAAAGAAGGCCUCGGACAUUGACCCUAAUAGCAUUGAGGACCCUGAGCUGGCACAGCUGACGGCCGCCAUUCUGGCCUUGGGAGGAGAUCUUCCAGAGGAGCUGCGAAGUAUUCCACCUGAAUACGCCCUGCCCCCCUCGGCAUACCCUCCUGUCCCAGCAUCUGCCCCCAGCUCCUCCGUGCAGUGGCAUGGUGCGGCCCCAGCAGGGUUGUACGCACCCAUGCGCUUCCCUCCCAAUCUGCCCCCUCCUGAGCUCCUGGCCCGCAUCUCUCGCCACCCCGCCCCUGGCUUCCCUCAGAGUAUGCCCCCGGGUCCCCUUCCCCACCAGCUUCCCCAGUUUCCUACACCACACUACACUCCCCAACCCUCACAGGCCCAGACAGGGCCACCUGUUGCCCCAGCCCCAACUCCAUUCAGGCCAUCCACCACUACGGUGGAUAGUAUCCAAACUCCCAUUCCAAGCUACCCACCUACUCCAGGUCCCCCGUUGCCACAGGCACCAACUCUACACCAGCCAGUGCCAGUGCCCGCUGGGUAUGUAGCGCCCCCACAGAUGAGCCCCUACCCUCAGUACAUGCAGCAUGGUAUGCCCCCCCAGCAGCAGCACCCCCAGCAGCAGCAGCAUCCCCAGCAGCAGCAGCAGCAUCAACACCCCCAGCAGCAGCAUCAGCAUCCCCAGCAGCAGCAGCACCCCCAGCAGCAGCAUCAGCAUCCCCAGCAGCAGCAGCCCCAGCAUCCCCAGCAGCAGCAGCCCCAGCAUCCCCAGCAGCAGCAGCCCCAGCAUCAGCAUCCCCAGCAGCAGCAGCAGCACCCCCAGCAGCAGCAGCAGCACCCCCAGCAGCAGCAUCAGCAUCCCCAGCAGCAGCAUCCCCAGCAGCAGCACCCCCAGCAGCAGCACCCCCAGCAGCACCAGCAUCCCCAGCAGCAAUCCCAGCAGCAGCAGCAUCCCCAGCAGCACUUUCCCCAGGCCCAUACCCCUGCACAGCAGCCAGGGCCCAGGCCAGUGCCAGGGCCCCAGAUGCCACCACAACCUCAAGGCCAGUACCAACACUACAUGCCCCAGCAAAGGCAACCUGGGCCUCCAAACUUCCCACAGAAUCAGAUACCCCCUCACGGUCCCCAUCCACAGGUGCCUCCCACGUCACAGCCAAUUCCUCCAGGCUCCAUGCCAUAUUUACCCCAUGUGAGACAGCAAAUGCCCCCAGCUUCCCAGCCAUACAUACCUACUGUCAACCCACAAAUGCAGCCCUCUCAGCAUCCUCAAAUGCCCUUGUCCUCUCAACAAAUGCAGCUGGGACCUCAUAUGCAGAUGCCACCUGGAUCCCAGCCAAGAAUGCCACCCUCUAAUCCACAAAUGCCACCCCCUGCAUGUCAUUCACAAAUGCUCCCAGUAUCAAAGCAGGUGUCGCCUUCAUCUCACCCCCAAAUGCCACCUGGCUCCCAGCAGCCACCCCACCCUCAUCCUGCUCAGGUGCCACCUCAGCCCUUUCCCCACCCCACCCUCCCCACAUUCCAGCAGACACACCUGCCAAGGGCUCCUCAGGUCCAAAUGCCCCCGACCUCAAUGCCCUCCCAGCCUCCCAUGCACCCUAGUGCUCUGCCACCUCAGCGCCACCCUCAUCCCCAGGCUGUGCCACAGACCCAUCCUCAGAUGCCCCUCAACAUGCCCAUGCAUAUGCCCCACCAGCCUCUGCCACCCCACACAGGCCCUAUUGGGUACCCCGGAACUGCUUAUAUGAUCCGGCAACCGGGCCCUUCGGUUGCCCCCCAACAGCCUCAGCCUAUGACUCCACAGCCUUUGACUCCACAGCCUAUGACUCCCCAGCCUCUAGCUCCCCAGCAGAUGCCUCAGGCUCCUCCUCCCGCAUCUUAUGCUCCCUCUCAUGGGGGAAAUGUGCCACCUGGACCUGUGCAACACCCAGGUACAGUGGGCUCUGGCCCAGCACCUCAGAACAUGAUCCAACCGUCGACUGGGGCAGUAGUCGCCCAAACACCCAACGUCCUCCCCUCCCCAGCCCCCUCUCCGUCGCCUUCGCCCGGCCCCUCGUCCUUGGGCUUGAACCCGCAGCGCCCGUCCCCUUCCCUCACUCCUGUUGGCGUAAGUCCACUGCCUCCGGCUCCCUCCUCCUCCACCUCCUCUUCUUCCUCCUCCUCUGGCCCUGCCUCAGACUCCCUGUUCCAGCGACAAAACUCCAGCACUGACGACCUGCUGUCCUCCAGCCCCGAGAGCCAACACGGGGUCACCAAAGACACGGCCAACGUCCUUCUGCCCACCAAAGCCGACCCCGAAGAGGAUGGCCAGAGGAGGAAGAAGACUGAGGGCGUUCGACUCAUUGAGGGGGACCCCUACCAGGCUCCGGAGCAGGUUUCACGACUCCUUGCAGAGCUGGAGCGUUACAAAGCCACAGUGCAAUCCCUAGAGCACCCGACUGGGAAAGGGGGUCUAUCCGAGUUGGAUGCCCGAUGGAAGGACCUCCAAGACCAGCAGGAGAAGGAUUCCAGGCAGCUCUCCAUCGCCAUCGCACGCUGCUACACCAUGAAGAACCGACACCAAGAUGUCAUGCCUUACGACCGAAACCGCGUGGUCCUGCGCUCAGGCAAGGAUGAUUACAUCAACGCUAGUUUCAUCGAGGACCUGUCCCCAUACUGCCCUCGGCUCAUCGCCACGCAGGCACCGCUCACAGGAACAGCCGCUGACUUCUGGCUCAUGGUGUACGAGCAGAAGGUGUCGGUGGUGGUCAUGCUUGUAUCUGAGCAUGAACUUGAGAAGCAAAAGGUGCCAUGUUAUUUCCCCUCCGAGCGAGGUAAGCAGGUCUCUCAGGGACCAAUCACACUCACCCUUACCACCCAGAAGACCACGCCCACACACAUAGAGCGUAUGAUCAGCCUGCAGUACCGCGACCAGAGCCUCAAGCGCACCGUCAUCCACCUGCAGUUCAACUCCUGGCCUGAACUCGGGCUGCCUGACAGCAAGAGUAACGUAAUACGUUUCAUCCAAGAGGUCCAUGGUCACUACUCGUACCAGAGGCCUUUACACACUCCCAUUGUGGUGCACUGCAGCUCUGGUGUAUGCCGCACUGGCGCCCUCUGCCUGUUGUAUGCUGCAAUGCAAGAAGUCGAGGCUGGAAAUGGCAUCCCUGACCUGAACCUGAUGGUGAGGAAGAUGAGGCAGCAAAGAAAGAAUAUGCUGCAAGAAAAGUUGCACCUGAAGUACUGUUAUGAGGCCGUCCUGAAGCACGCAGAGCAAGUCCUUCAGCGCCAUGGGGGCUCUACUGUCCCAUGCAGUAAGACUGUCAACAAUGCCACCAUUAAGUCCUAUUCCAGACAGGAGUCGCAGGACAUCGUCCUGGGCGGAGACCUGCCCAUCAGCUCCAUCCAGGCCACCAUUGCCAAGCUCAGCAUACGGCCCCCGAGCGCAAGUGACUCGGAGCAGGAGUCCAGCCUGGAUCUGUACCCCUCCGCUCCACCUGAUCUCCCCCUCCAGGGAGCUCCAGAUUGCACAGACGACACGCUACAGGACCCCUUCCCUAGUGACGCCCAGCCUUCCUCCUUCAGCCCCCCUCCCUCCAUCUCCUCUUCCUCCUCCUCUCCGGCCAAAGCUCAGUCCCCCUCGCCGCCUGCUCACCAAGGCAAUGGGUUUGUGGAGCCUUCCCCCGGAUCUCCUACGUCCAAUCACCACACCGCACCUCCCUUAGAUCCUUCAGGAACAGCUUCUCCUCCACCUCCCCCCACCUCCUCAUCUCCCCCCACCUCCUCAUCUCUGGACCUGCUGGCUUCCAUGACGGCCGAGGCCUUCACGCUGGAUGCAGCGUGCCGGGGGAAACCGCGAAUCAACAAGCAGAGCUUCCUCCAGCCCCAGGAGGGACAGGGUUUGCAGGGGGCGCCUCAGGGCGACGACCCCCUCAGUAACCUGGAUCCUCUCUGGACCCUCAGCAAGACCUGAGAAGUCGAGGGAAGCUCCCGCUUCCCCCCCUCCUCCCUCUGUUCUACUCCGCUUCCAUUUCUUCUCUUUAUCCAUCGAAUCAUGCCAGGGAAUUCCUAGAUCUUCUGUCAUCUCGACACCCCGACGUUGUCUGUGCCUGUGGGACCGUGUCACUGUGCGUCUGCUUAUUUAUAUCUGAGGGGGGGGGGGGGGGGGAGGACCGCAGCCCCAGCCCCAGCCCCAGCCCAGUUAGACCGUGUUCAGCAUUCCAGAACUGACUGAUUUCUUAGCAUGCACAUCACACUGCUGGAUGCUUUGAUGGACUUGAAUUCAUUCACUGUCUUAACACCAAGAAAGAUGGUUGACAUGAUGAGGCUUAAGGUGAAGUACGCUUGCUAGCAAAGAGUAUGUACUUGAAAAGGAGGCCUUCUAAUUUAUUGGUUUCUGAAUUGGCACGUUGUUGCUGGGCCUGGUUCCACUUUGCUGCUUAUUCUGUGGCUUGUCUGUUGUCAAGAUUAUUGCACACGUUUAGUGAUAUAGCAAUGUGAUGCUGUAUCCAUCAUAUUGUAUUAACAUUAGGGCCAAACUGUAGCUGGAGAUAAGGCUUGGAAAUCCUAGACUGAUUGAAGUACUACUUUUACACUUACUGAAUCGGCACUUCUAGAUAGCAUAGCAUUCUAAUGAGUUGAUUCUUUCUUGCCUUUCUUUUAACAUUGUGUAUAUACAUCAAUAUCUUAAUUAAAAUCUGAAUCCUGAAAAGUA